AUGCUCAACUGAAUUCAAGCGUCUACGUGCGUGCCUCAAAAUGCGUUCUAAAUUAUUUGUAGAUUGAUUUUUCUUACUGUAAUGUACCGUGCGCGAAGACUGAGAUUACUGCUCUCUUGGGCGCUUCUUUUUUUCGUUGUUUUAUUUCUCAUCAAAAACAGAAAACGCCGAGGCGAGAGAAUGGCUGAUGGAGAGGACGUUCUUUCGUUCCGGAAAAGUUCUAAACUUUCCACGACUGAGAGUAAUGUCGACGAAAAGCUUGGUGAAGGACGCUUAAAUGUAUCAGUUUGGGAAGAAAUCUGCGGUUAUGAACUAAUGUCACUGAAGGAGUUCCCGCUUUUCCCACACUCGCCGACAUCACGCCGAAGCACGUCGACCUUGCGAUUACGCUUCAAACAAAACUUAGUAAAUGUUGGAUUACGAAUUUUCGGAUUUAUUUCGCCGGUAGAAUCUGGGAAUUACAACUUUCAUUUAGCUUCGAGUGGAUCGACGGAAUUGUGGAUUAGUUCGGAUACGAACCCCGAAAAUAGCAAGCUUGUGGGAAACGUAACAUCGGGGACAACUCGGACACAUGAUGGAAAUAUUAUUUCUUUAUCAGCGCUAAAGCUUUACUAUUUAGAAAUUUUACAUAAACAUGGCCUUCACAGCCAACAUAAUUUCAUGUACGUUAAAUGGCGAUCUUCGACUUGGAAAGAGCAAGGUUAUAGAGAUAUUCCUUCAGAUUUACUUAUGCCAUCCGAGGACGAUCAACAUUCAAAUGUAUUUGGUAAAAUCAAACUGCAAUCGUUACUGAAUCAGCGAGUUGUUCAACGGGAUACCAUCCUUCCAAUGCACGUUCAACAAAGUGAACCAUCCUUUGUAAAUGAAGAAGUAAAACGUCGUUCAGAAAUGUAUUUCCUUCCCUUCAUCACCGAAGAAGACACUAAAGAUUUAUUCCCGCCGUGUCAGUAUAAUCCAUCCUACAUAGUGAAAAAUUCUUUAGAUAGAUACCAGUCCAUGUGGGAAACCCAUUACACCUCGAUUUAUCCUCACGACCAUGCAGAUAUUAUGAGAAAGAGGUGGGAAACGGACGAUUUUGUGACUUUCGGUAACGAUCAGUUGGACGAAAAUGCAGCAAGGAAGAUUGUUGCUCAAGUCUGGACGCAAAUUCAAGUCAAGUCCCCAAGGUAUAUAAGUUUCAAUUUUUAAUGUUUUCUUUUGACUGCACCUUUUUACUAGCAGAUUGUAUUCGUUCUCGAUUAGGUUAGUCAAAGUUUAACAGGACUAUUAUCAUGGGAUUCACCGUAUCUGAUUAAUUUAAAAAUUUUCGCUCUUUGAUAAUGUGAUUCACGUCGAAAGAAUGGGAACUGCGAUUUCAUGCUAUUGACACGGUUCAUUCAUGCGCAUUUCAGUUUCAUUUGAAACGAACUAGCGAACUAUCGAUCGACUCGAUUCAACAACUAACGUGUUAGAGAAUUAAAAUUUUGUCAUGCUCUGACAAUAUGGCUAUCGCAUAUGACUUCGUAAAUUGUUCAAUCGCCUCGUCUAUUUAUGCUCGGUUAAUUUUAAAAAAAUUUAAAAGCAGCACUCAGUUUUCCUGCAGUUUGGUGAAAGUACGGGCAACUUGAGAAAAUUUGGUUCCCUUCUUGAACAGCAAUGAAAAAAAUGCCGAAUACUUAAAAAGUUCAAAGGUAAAUCGUCCAAGUGGAACCAGUUGUGAUUAUGGCAUCGGAAAACUACAAUAUUUUGUCAAUGAAAUUGUGAAACAGCUGAGCACGUGGCGAAGAUAUAUAUUUGAUCAGAUACCUGUUCGGCUGCCUUAUCGGCUAAUAAUGUUUACUUGAAAAUUUUGAUUGCUUCAACUUUUUGAAGCUGGCUCACUGAUUCGAUUGCAAUCAUCUUUUACGGUGUGAAGCUUGUUUGCUCAGUGAUUGUGAAAGACACAAAGUCUCCGACACCACGAGCACUAAGUAAGUAAACAAAACAUCUAAUUUUGUGUUUUUGACUGAAUUUAAUUCCUUAGGACCUUAUCCUUCUCUAAGAUAAAACUGCAGGCACAAAGGCAAUCUAUUUUUUUCGACAUUGUUUUAUUUGUCCAAAAAUUGUAUGCACAAUGAAUUUGUGAGCUCUUAGAAAAUCUUGCCUUUUUCGUUGGUAUGGUAAUCAUUAACGAUGCCUUGUCGAAAUUUUAUAUGAUGUUGGGAUCGUAGAUGGAAUCUUUGGGGUCAAUCUGCAGAAUUAUUCCUUAUCUUUUCGCAAUAGUUUACAGCAUAGACAAAAUACGUUUUAAUGAGUUAUCGAAGCGACCGCAAACUGAUUACAAACAAAAGGUUUUUGUGCACGUUCAUGAAUGGAAUAGUGACAAAGUCUAGCAGUUUCUAGAUUAUAAUGAAAUAAAGCAAAUUUAUAAGUUAAAUGUUGAGGGGUAAGAAUUAACCAGAAAAUCUACAUUUAAAGCCUUAGCCGAAGCCAAAACGAGACGCGCAGGUGUCCUACUGGUAUACCAGUUGCAUUAAAAAAUGUCUCAUUUUGCCCCACUCGACCUGUUCUCACAUCAUUCGUAAAAAUGGCGUUUCAGUCCUUUGACUUAAACUAAUUAACUUUCAGUGGAAACUCAAUGGAUUGCGAAAAAUAUUGAACAAACAAAUCAAGCAAAACCGAAAGGCCUUUAUUAUAAUGUUUUCAACUUCGUUUAUUUCAUAAAAAAAACCACCAGAGGCAACCAAAAAAAAAAUACCCAACAGCUGUUUGAUAAAAAAUUAAUUCUCGUCAGCAUCGUCAAUAACCCAAACCUCACCUGGUGAAAGAAGUCGCAUAUAGCUGUAGUCCCAAGCUGAAAGAUAAUUUUUAGUGAAAGGUUAACCAGAAUUCAUUCCACUCUUGCUUGAAGAAGUGAAAAAAUAAAUUUUGCUUUAGUUGGAAUCGCUUAAGGAUGUAUCUUUUUACACGAUGUCGUAUGAAUGUAGACCGGAAGUAAAACUUGUGACGUUUAGGUUCCGUUCUUAAAACAGGCGGGGCUGUUAAGACUUCCGUUUAGGUGACUUACGCAACAAUACAGACGAAGAACCAAACGUUUCCAUUUUGACCUCAUGGGUUUGGAAUGUAGAGCUAACAAGAAAAAUUUCUCAGUUUCCUUUCUGUUGCAUGGUAGAAUCUGGCUUGUCACAUCGUUUGGUAUGAUUGCGUGACGCAGGAAAGGACGUAAUCAAAAGUAUUUCGAACAUUUGAAACAUGCAUGCCAGUGUCAUUCGCUGAGUAACUUCAUCUUUCAUUUUAAAUCACCAGUCUUAAAAAUUGCUAUCUUCAUGUACAUCAUCGAUGCGCAAAAGUAUUACAUUCGGCAUUCCUAUCGUAGCAGUAUGCAUUUUUCACCAUGGACCUAGUCAAACGGACCAGCCUGCCAAAAGUUUCCUAAAAGCUCAGUGGUGAAGCAUUUAAAGUACUCGGAGCACUCGGAGUUCUUUUUUCCGAAUAUGCCAGUGUCAUUCAUUGAAUAACAUUAUCAUUCACUUGUUUUCCUUUUUCUCCUUUGCAUUACAGGAAGUAUAUCCUUGAACACAUCUUGAAUGUGGAAGAAAAUCAUGAUCCUGGAAAGGGUGACAGAUAUUUAGUAGAACUAGAACUGAAAGAAAUUUCAAGUAGAAGAUCUUUGAGGUUCUCUGAAUAUGUGUACCGGCUUAAGGAAUCGGGUGCUUUUUGCAUCCCUGUGGGCGUGGCAUGGAACAAGAGGGCUGUCGUCAAUAUCCUUCUUGCAACCGGGAAUAAUCAGGGGCGAUGGACUCUCCAUUUUCUUGAUCACAUGUCAAGAAUAUACAAUAAGACCAUGGAUUUCAAUUUUAAUGUAAUUAUCGCUGAAUUCGAUGGCAUCGAUGUUGACUUAAAGGAAGCUCUGAGGAAGAGUGGAAUCCCACAGUAUCGGCAUAUUAGACUUCGAGGAAGAUUUGAAAAGGCAAAGGGGCUACAGCUGGCUGCCAGUACGGUUACAAAUCCGAACUCAAUAGUGUUUGUCAUGGAUCUUCAUUUAGAUAUUCCCUAUCAUUUUCUAGAUGAUGUCAGAAAGGUUUGUGAGAGUUUUGCGCACAUCGUUUUUUCUCUUUUAAUAUCUUGUCCAUCAACUAAGAAAAACAACCUUUGGAGCGAGUAUGAAUCAUCGAAGAGCCAGAAACCUGGUAACUAGAGUAUAACAGUUUUCACUGAGCAAUAGCCCAAAAGAAAAGAGAAAUCUCUUCAUUUAGUUAGUAGUCGGACAUAGAGCCGUUUUUUUCUUACUGAUACUUAACCUCAGUUCCCCUGACCCUAAGCGUGACCUGCUUCUAAUUUCUCCCUUGAGUGUCACCAUCGGUCAAACUUUAGCAAAUCAAGUGCGUCUAUUUUCUCUUUCCCUCUCCUCAAGCAUUUACGUUCGUUAGAUUCCCCGUGGUUCUUACCUUGCUUACACAGUGAUCUAAGGAAGAAUAGAGAGGUCUGUGAAUAAGCUAUGUCCUUUGUUUCAGGAUUGUUUCAUGAAAUACUGCGCCCAUAUCACGGACGAUUUCUGAGUGUUCCGUUUUCAGUAGAUCUAAAUUUGGAGGGGUUGAAUUUCCUCGCCAGCGUAAAGCAGAUAGAAGAUUUGCAAUUGUAGUCUGAUUUUUGGAAACAUGUUUCGGUGUUUUUCUGCAGCAUUGUGUUCAAGGCAAGAUCGCCUACAGUCCCAUACUCGUUCGACUAUCUUGUGGGGCGACAGCACGGCAUCGCAGAGGCUUUUGGGAACACUUUGGUUACGGUUUGAUGGGCAUGUACAAAAGUGACUGGGACAGAAUUGGAGGAAUGAAUGUAAAAGAGUUCAAGAACAAAUGGGGUGGAGAAGAUUGGGAGAUCUGUGAUCGCAUUUUGAUGAAUGGUAUGGAGAUAGAGAGGCUAAAAAUGGUUCAUUUAUUUCAUUAUUUCCACACCAAAAAAGGCAUGUGGUCUGAUGUUAGAAAUGACACAGAUAUUGUCGAGUACACAGACCUCUCCUGACAUAAUAAAUGAGUGUGAUUUGCAGCCGGAAUGCAGUAAAUGAGAUUUGACAGACAAAUAGGAAACUUUUGAAAUUGGCACUUAAGUGUAGAUAAGAUAUUCAUAUAUUUUAACUGAAGAAUAGUAUUAUUUUCUCGUUGACUUUCAUCGAAUUUAUAUGUGAAAAAGAAAUAAAAAGGUAUGCAAUUCAUGAAUUUAUGGACAAGUUCACCUCGAUCGAUUAUACAAAACGAAUUCUUUUUUUUUUUUUUUCACUAUAUACAACAAAUUUUGAGUGUGAAAACGAUCAAACUGCAUGUUAUCUUGUGAUUGGACAGCCGCCACUGGAUAACCUCUUGACAUCGAUCUGCUGAUAACCAAUCAGAAUCGAGAAUUUUCUCACAGGUUCGAAUAGUUUCGAAAAUACUCGAGGGGCUUAUGCCAAUUAUAAAGGUCGCCACACACACGGGGGGACUAGUCCCUGCGACUAGUCCCAGCAACUAUUCCCCUGAAGAGUUUACACGAAGGGACUGGUCGCAAGGACUAGUCCCUAGUAGUGUUUACACGCAGGGACCAAUUGCACAGGAAAGUAGCAAAAAUUGGGGGCAAAUGGUGUCAUUCUUUCACUCUACAGCUUUCUUAAGAAACCAAAAUUCUUAAAAUAGCAAUGUAGCAUUGCAAUAAAUCAGCUCAGUACAAACCGCAGAUUGUUCCGCGAAAUUAUGCAGUGCUUGAAUUGUUUCUGAUUCAGUUAGGAUAUAAGCAGAAAUAACGCUUUGUUACCGAUCAGAUGUGGCCAAUACAGAAACAAAAGGGGCGGAAAUUCGAUCAAGAUUUCCAGUACUCGUGUAAAUUAUUUCAGAACUGGUUUAAUCCCGGGAAGUAAACAUCAAAGAAAUUAUCCCGGAAGUCACGCAAUCGCCUCUGUACAUUGUGCUUUCAGGCGGGAAAAUAUGGCAAAUAUGAUUGUGAUACCUAUCUGUGAUUGGUUUAUUUAAAUUUGGUCGCAGGAACUAGUCCCACGAACAGUUCACACGAAGCGUUUUGAGGAACAAGUCCAGGGACCAAAUUUUAGUCCCUGCGACUAGAUUUUGUGGCAAAAAUGGCUAUUUCAAACGAUAGGACUUGUUCCCUGGACUUGUUGCAGGGACUAGUCGCAGAGACUAGUCGCAGGGACUAGCCGCGUGUGUGCCGACCUUAAAGAUGAUAUGCUUUACUUUAAUUAAUUUUUGAUGCUAAUACAUCAAGACAAAAAUACUACGAAAAAGAAAGUAUGCAAUCAGUCUUCUCUUGUGUUUCAAUUUGCGGUUCGUUUACCCUUGUUUUUGUUAGUUCAGUUAUGUUUUCAUACGACAUAUUAAGACAUAUUAUUUUUUACACUCCAUGGUAAUAUGAGGUGUUACAAUGUUGUUAACCCUUUGAUAUAUGAAGAGUGACCGGCUUCUAAUUUCUCCUUACAAUAAUACUGCUGGAUCAUUUGUUAAGAUCAUGAGAGUAAAGGAAAUUAUUGAUAAUCUAUGUAGUUUUGAUUGUUACACGAACUCUCCUUACAGCACUAACGGAAAAGUAUUGAGAAGAGUAUGGAGAAUGUGGAUACUGAUGUUAGGGCGUAAAGGGUUAAAGGGGAAAAUGGUAAAAGAACAGAAAGCCAGCAAAAGUUUUGACAUAUAAAACUUUUGAGAAGUAAUCAAUGUUUCAGUAGUUUUUCGAAAUUAGCUUGG